CAAGUGACACAUAAUAAAUGAGCUCGCUCGGGACAAACCAGUCGUCCUCUCACCCUCCAGUGCGCUUGGCAGUGCCGCGGGAAGCUCCGGUCUCACGCCGGGACUCGCCUCCCGCACAGCGGGGACGUCCGCUCGCUCAGACGUUGAAAUGGAAGAGGGAGCGGUAAAGGGCGUCGAGCUCAGCAGGAAGUUUGUGUCUGAAUCUGAGCUCGAUGAGAACAGGAAGAAGAGACAAGAGGAAUGGGAGAAGGUUAGGAACCCCGAAGACCCGGAGGGCCCCGAGGAGAAGUACGACCCACGCUCCCUCUUUGAGCGAUUGCAGGAGCAGAAGGACAAGAAACAAGAGGAAUAUGCCGAGCAAUUUAAAUUCAGCAACAUGGUGAGGGGAUUGGACGAGGAGGAGUCCAGCUUCCUCGACGAGGUCUCCCGGCAACAGUGCCUGGUGGAGAAGCAACGCAGAGAUGAGGAGAAAAAGGAAGUGUUGGAGUACAGAAGCGCCGUGGUGAAGCAAGCGGCCACCGAAAGCCGCAGAGAGCCCGAAAAGAAGGGGGCGGAACAAAAGACCAGCCAUCUGUCUCAGGCCCAUUUAUUGGCUGGAGCCGUCGAAAGACGCAGUUCCUCCCAGUCCUCAGACAGCAGUAAGAAACAGAAGGUGGAAAUCUCAACGACGGCAACGACAGGAAAUGGAGCCCGACACACAGAACAGGAGGAUGGAGCAGGGGCAGCAGGCGGAGCUAAAGGUCAGCAAACAGUCUCCGGCUUGUCGGCGAAGACGCCCUCGGCUCCCCCGAGCUCCGGUCCGGGUGUGUUGCACCUGCCGUCGGCCGCCGUGUGUGUGGGUGUUUUACCAGGACUCUGGGCUUAUUCCGGCAGCAGCGACUCGGACAGCAGCUCGGACAGCGAAGUUUAAGCCGAGCAACCAAUCCCGCACCGACUACCCCGAUGACAUCCUGCCCCCCCGACACCCAACCCGACUCCCAUCCCAAGCCACAGCGACCGCAAGCUGUGCUGUUGGCUGAGGGGAGGCGAUUGACAGCUGUGGAGCCAGGAAGAGACUUUACUGCGUCAAAGGACUGCACGCCUUUUUUUAGCGAUGUACGGCAAAGGAGCGAGCCGAGGACACGCUUCGCUCUCUGGCUUAAAUGAAAAGUCUGAAUGAUUUGGAGAAAAAAAAUGGUUUUAUUUGUGUGAUGUAAUGUUUGUUUUUUUGUCAUCGAUAGUUUGUUUCUAAAGUUGCGUUUUGCUGGAAAGAUGAUGGACUUUUGGCUGUUGUCUCAGACGUCGGAGCUUUGAUUUGUUUGGCAAAGUCUGAGCAGCGUGAAAUAAAGAGAUGUCCCUUGUA